AUCUACUUCUCAUUAAAGAUCGCCACGGUCGACAAAUACACCGCGAAGAACGAUCGUCCUCGAUUAGUCCGGGUUUGGCGAUAAUCACGGUAUACGAAACGAGUCGAUGAACAAGUAUAUACAACUGAAGCGAUGCCGUCAUCGAAUUUAACGUGAAGCAAAAUAAAGCGGAGCUUCGUGGCUGAGUUGCGUAACGCGAAUACGGUGAGAACGCACACAGAAGACCGUGAAGAGACGAGCCUAGCGGGCUGGCUAGAACGAGUCCGAGGAAGAAACGGGAGAUCCUUCGCGGGACCAUCGGGAAUGACGAUCAUUCAGUUUGGGCUGAUGAAACGACGCCGAGAGGAAGACGUUCCAACGGUGGUACGAGAAUGACACCGAUCGGGACGGUGGUCGGGAUCUCGAGGCUCCUCGUCCUCGUGCCUGUCACCGUCUGUGCAACCAUUUCUUACGUCAACCAACAACUGCCGCGAUGCAGCGACCGAACACCACCUCCCCAGACGUUGGCAAAGUGUCGAUACGACGAAGACUGUAUGAAGAAUGCUUAUUGUUGGAACCAGGAAGCCUGUCUGUGCAAAGACGGUUUUAUCGCCCAUAAAAAUCGCACGCACCUGGAAUGUCUCAAAGAGGCGAAUGCUAUCGGGGACCCCUGUGAAGUGGACAUUCAAUGUCAAGUGACCUUCGCCCCUUACUCGGAGUGCCGACAAAGGAUCUGCCAGUGCUCCGACGGUUCUCACUACGUGGAAGGAAGGUGUUACAAGUCUGUAGGAUUAGGACUUCCUUGUCAAUCGCAUCGGAAUUGCUACAUCAAAGACAGUUUCUGCGUGACAGGAUUCUGUGCGUGUACCUUGAACUAUCAUGCGAAUCCACGCAACGACGUUUGCAUUCCAAAUAUUGAAUUAGGUGGCAAAUGCUCCAAAGAUUACGAUUGCAUCGCGGAGAACUCGAGGUGCCUCGACUUCUGUACGUGUAAAGUGGAUCAUGUGCUAUCGAGCGACGGCAAACGGUGUUUGAAAGUUAGCGAAUCCAUCGGAGAACCGUGUCAAGAGAAUUCUCAAUGCCAGUUAUUUCAGAGGGAGUCCGAGUGCGGACCUAAUGGCAGAUGCAAGUGUAUCGAGUACUUCCAUCAACGCGGUUCUAUUUGUCUCGAAGAUACGUUGUUGAAUAACAGAUGCCAAAGUCAUAGAGAGUGUAUUACCGAAACGUACAGGGACUCCAACUCCACCGAGGUGAUGAACGUUGAUUGUAUAGAUGGCUUUUGCAAAUGCGCCAAGGAUUACAUUAUGGCAGAGGAAUUGCACGAUUGCAUCCGAUAUAGCGACAAUGGCGCUGCGACAAUUACAGAGUCCUGGCAACAACUUCCUCUAGUUCUAAAUUUUGUAUUUUUUGCGAGUUUUUCAUUGACUUUGUGAAUAAGAGAGACACAGUCGCUUAUAGCAACGAUGGAAAGAUAUCAUAGUCUUUCGCAGUUUUAUCGAGUUAUAAUGACGUUAUUAUUGUACAACUAUAUUUAUUCAAAUGUUUUCUUUCAUUGUAAAUACGCUGCAUUUGUGUAGAUAGAGAUGAACAUAUCGCUACCAAAGACAAACCCAUUUUCUCCAACCGGUUCGUAUUUAUUUAUAUCACAGUUGGUUAAUCGCUGUUCAACGUGUAUCGACACUCGUCCUGCGGAGACUGUAUCAUUCUAUCGAGCGUCGAAUAUUUUAUUUUAUGGCGAUAAACCAUCUAUGUGACGACUAAAGUUACUUAAAAAAUGAAUUCGUUCAUAUACGUAGUUUGAUAGAAUAACAAUACGUAAAUUCCGAAUUAAGCCAACUUCGUCGUCCAAGGGUUAACACAAAUAAUCGCGCAAAGAUCAGGCAGUUGCUUCUGUAGCAGCACUAUACUCGGACGAAUAGCAACGAAAGCAAAUUUAUACGAAAACACAUGCGUUGAUGUACGAUCUUUAGCUUCUAAUUUGUUCCCUACAUUUUCCAAUAUUUAAUUAAACGACAUUCUGCGUGCGGAAUUCGA